AUGGUAGGAGCCUGCCAAUUUGUGUCAGUGCAUUCGAGUGCCAACGUGGAGUUCAAGUUUCUGAGAUGGAGUAACCCGGACCACUCGGACUCGGGCGGGGGCUGUUGUGAUUCCAGCUGGGGGAAUUGUAAUGCGUGUGAUAACUAUUUCAUCGUCUGUCUAGACGAUGACGUUCCAGGAAACGACGAUUUCAACGACUGUGGGAUAGCAUCAAUUGAGACCGAGGUGAUUAGUGACGAUGAGUUCGACUUUCCGUCAACAAUACCCAACAACAUCCCGAAUCCCAAGCUGAUACCCGUAAUGAGCUGGCAGCGACAGAUGAGAGUUAAACUCCGUGUGCAGGAUGAAGAUUUUUUGGGGGAGGAGCUUGUUGAUGAGGAUUUCUUGAACAUCGACCAAGCAUCAUCCCCAUCACAGUCUAGUGCUCAGUGGCAAAACUACAGGAUGGGAACACACGCAGAUUUCACUUUUCAAGUGAGGAUAUACUGCAACACGAACUACUUCACCCCCGACUGCAGUGUCUAUUGCAUUCCUACGGAUAACCAGAAUGGACAUUACACAUGCGACUCGACCACAGGGGACAAGAUAUGCCAAGAUGGCUGGGAAGGAGUUGAUUGCAAUGAAGACAUCGAUGAAUGCCAGACUGGUCCCUGCCUCCAUGACGCUACAUGCCACAAUGGGAUGAACCAGUUUUCCUGUUUCUGCACAGGCGGCUGGACAGGUGAUCGCUGCGAGGUUGAUGUCAACCAGUGUGCGGUCAAUCCCUGCCGCAACAACGGUACGUGCAACGAUUUCCUCGGCUUCUUCAACUGUUCCUGUGACCCUGCUUACCUCUACCUAAACGACUUGUGUGACAUAGACUACUGUGCAGACCAGCCUUGCCUGAACGGAUCGACCUGCAUAGUCCACGACAGUAACUUCUCCUGCUCAUGCGCGAUGGGCUUCGAGGGCGAAUUGUGUCACGUCGACAUCAACGAGUGCGCAGGCGCACCUUGUGCUAAUGGCGGGAACUGCACUGACGGCCUGGGAUGGUUUAACUGCACGUGCCCGCUCGGUUACGAAGGGGAGCUUUGCCAGAUAGACAUUAAUGAAUGUCAGUCCAGUCCGUGCUCUAACAGCUCAACUUGUGAAGAUCUGGUCAACAGAUUCCACUGUCAUUGUCCGCUGGGAUUUGAGGGAGCACUGUGCUUGGACGAAAUCGAUGAAUGCUCGCCAAACCCUUGUCAAAACAACGCAACGUGCAGUGAUUUUCUUGGAUAUUUUGAAUGCAACUGUUCAAUGGGAUUCUUCGGAGAUUUAUGUCAGGUCGACAUCGACUACUGCAUCAACCAAACAUGCGCAAACAAUGGCACGUGCGUGGAUCGACUAGACGGGUUUCACUGUCUGUGUGAGAAGGGCUACAAAGGCGCCAUGUGUGACGUAGAAAUUGACGAAUGCGCCAACGAUCCGUGCAUGCACAAUGGAACGUGCCACGACUUCAUCGGAUUCUACAGGUGUUCGUGCGUCGAAGGCUACGACGGCGACAGCUGUGAGCAAGAAAUAGACGAGUGUCGGAGCUCUCCGUGCAAGAACGACUCAACCUGCAUCGAUCGACUGGAUGGAUUCGACUGUCAGUGUGCCGCUGGCUUUGAAGGCACCUUGUGUGACAUCGACACGGACGAGUGUCAGAGCUUCCCGUGCUACGACAAUGAGACCUGUAUUGAUGUCGUCAAUGGGUUCAGGUGUGUGGAUGGCAAAGACAUGUGUGAGCAGCAUGUCUGCCAGAACAACGCAACCUGUCUCGACGACGACAGGGGGACCGGGUACAGCUGUUACUGCCCGCCGGGCUACCACGGCCAACUGUGCCAGAUUAAUACGGACGAGUGCGUCAGCUCCCCAUGCCUGCACGACGGCACCUGUGAAGAUCGGGUCAACGCGUUCGACUGCCACUGCGCGCCGGGGUACGAGGGCUUACGGUGUGAGAACGAGACGGACGAAUGCACCAGCUCGCCCUGUGAAUACGGCAGAUGUGUGGACCUUGUAAACGGCUUCGAGUGUGCAUGUACGGUCGAAUGUCAGAAUGGCUACUGUGACGCCGGUGUAUGCCGUUGUACUGAAGGAUACGAGGGUGAGGAUUGUAGCGUGCUGAUAGACUACUGCAGCAGUUCACCCUGCGCUAAGGGGACAUGCGUCCCAUUAUUCGAUAGUUUCAGAUGCGAGUGUGAUCCCUUCCACGAAGGUGAAUACUGUGAGAAAAUGAUAGAGAAUCCCUGCUCCCUGUCACCGUGUAAUGGGAACGGCCAAUGCUCACUGUCUGCAGACAAGAAUGACGGGUAUCAGUGCACCUGUAACGAUGACUUCUACGGAGAGAAAUGCGACAAAGCGUUAAAAGUGUAUGGAUGCGUCGUCUUCAUCGUGGGGACACUGACAGACCUUGCCGAUUUCGAGACCCACAUGGCCAACUUAUUGAAGUUGCUGCUGACGUCAGAGUAUGCACGGAGCAGCAAGAAUAUCACAGUCGACGUCGUCAAAACAGAGGACUACGUCGAGUCUAGCACAGGGGAUCCGCUUACCCGCGUCACCUACGUGGUUUGGUCCUCGGAAGAUUUUCUCCCUAAAACUGAGGUGGAGAAGGCGGUAGACGAGGCACCUCCUUCCCAGGUCAAUGAGGAGCUUGGUUACGGGGUGUUCAAGGGAAAGGCAGAACCGAAACCCCAGAAUAACCCGAACUGGGCUGCUUCCCAUUGGUACGUCAUUGUUAUCGUCAUCCUGAUUACAGUGGCCGUGGUGGUAGGGCUUGUGGCUUUCAGAAUGAAGCAUACAAGACGAAUUCUUCACAUAACCCGAAAAUCGGAGAGACUGGAGAUGGAUGAUGAGCUGCAAGACGACGGACACUUCAACGUCUUGGCAGAGGCCGAUUACGAGGAAGUGGGGAACCAGACCGCUAACGGCUCAGCCAAUGCCUCGGACUACGAAAUCCCAUCGUGUGUCAAAGAGGACAUGGGCGAAUAUGCGGAGACGGCUGUCGACAACAUUUAUUCCGAGACCCCGGAUGUAUGGAAGCCUUCGACAAACUAGAGUUGGUGAUCAGACUCUAAAAUGUCGCAGGUCAGGUUCGAUCCACAAUCGGAGCCACAUUUGACAUGAUACUUUUUCGGGUCAAAAUUAUGAUUCUCCAGUACAAAAUGAUACUUUUCCGGGUCAAAUGACACUUCACAUCAUUGUCAAUUUCCGGUUCAUUUUGACCCGAAAAAACUUGGAUCUUUUAAGAGAGCAUUAACUGCGUUAUAUAAUUUAGCAGACAGCAAUUCCUAAUUAAUUUACCCUCUCUUAAAAAGAAGAAAUAAUAAUAAUUUUCCUAGGUUCAAAAAUAAACUUGAUUUACCGCUUUUAAUUGCUGUUCCAAUAUUUGGUUAAUCGGUGGCUUUUGUAUAUUUCCCUCCAAAAAUGAUCAACCCUAAUGCCUAAAAGUAAUCCU